AUGGCGGGGCCGGGGCUGGAGCGGUACCGGCUGGCGCUGCUGGCGGCGCGGGAGGACGUGGGGAACCCUCGGGCCGGGACCGACUGGGCCGUCUUUGGCUAUGAGAAGCACCACGACCUCAAGCUCCUGGAUUCCGGAGCCGGGGGGCCGGAUGAGCUCGCUGGAAAAUUCUCUGCGGGCAGCGUCAUGUACGGGCUGUGCCGGGUCCGCGAUCCUGGCUCCGGCAGCCCCAGGAUCGUCCUGAUCAGCUGGGUGGGGGAAAAGGUGCCGGAAUCGCAGCGGGCGGCGUGCGCCGGGCACCUGCCGGCCAUCCGGAGCUUCUUCAAGGAGGCCACGGCCGUGAUCAGCGCCCGCCGCCCCGAGGAGGUGACGCUGGAGGGGCUGCGCCGAGUGCUGGCCCAGCUGGAGCCCCCCGCCCCUCGCCCUCCCAGGAGGACCCCCCAGGACACCCCGGAGCUGGUGGGAACCAACUACCGCAAGACCAACCCGGCGCUGGAGCUGCAGCGCACCCAGCGCGAUUCCUUCUGGGAGCAGGCUGAGCGCGAGGAGCAGCAGCGGAAGGAGCAGGAGCGGCAGCGGGAGCGGGAGCAGCGGCGGCGCUGGGAGCGGGAGCGCAUGGAGGAGGAGCGGCUGCAGGCGGCGGAGCGGGAGCGGCGGCUGCAGGAGCGGGAGCGGCUCAUCGAGGAGCGGCGGCAGGAGCAGGCGCGGCUGGACGCCGAGGAGCGGAGGAAGGAGCAGGAGCGAUGGGAGCAGCAGCAGCGGGAGCAGGAGGCGGCCGAGCGGGAGCGCGGGGGUCGCACCGGGCUCAGCGGGACGGCGGCCGAAGCCGCCAUCCUGGUCUCCCAGCGCACCCAGAACCCCCGGGAAUUCUUCCGGCAGCGGGAGCGCUCGGGCUCCACGUCCGCGUCCCCCGUGCCCGGCAGCACCCCCGGUGCCCGCCGGCCCUUCCUGCGGUACCAGCGCAGCCUGACGGAAUCCGCCUUCAUCUUCCGCCGGCCGGAGCCCCUCCAGAGCCCCCCGCCCGGCGCCCCCAGGGGGGCACCGCCCCCCAGCCCCCGCCGGCCGCCGCCGCCUCUGCCCCCCGGCCCCGCGGGGACAGGGACCCCCCAGAGUGCCACCAGCGGGACCCCCGCCAGCCCCAUGGGGAGGGGCACCCCUCCCUCUGCCACGCUGGGGACGCCCCCCAGCCCAGCCCGAGCAGGGUCCCCCCCUGCCAUGUCUGGGCCCCCUCCCAGCCCCCCCCGGAUGGGGGUCCCCCCUGUCCCCUCUGGGCCGGGGUCUUCUGAAAGCACUUGUGGGGUAGAGCCCCUCCCUCCUUCCAGCGCUCCCGGCUGGGGGUCUCCCCCCAGCCCCCCCCGGGAUGGGGAGGGGCCCCUCCCGGACACUCCCCCCCUCCCCAGCCCCCCAGCCUGGGAAUCUCUGGGGCCGCUGCUCCAGGAAGUCCCCAGCCCGCGGGGGGGGUCCCCAACACCCCCGGCAGGGCCCCCCCUGCACUGCCCCGGCCCCCCCCGCCCGGUGCGGGACCCCCAGGAUUUGGGGCGCAAUGGAAUCGGGGGGCACGAGUGGGGAGGGGGCUGGGAAGCCCCCUGGGAGCCGGGACCCCCCCCGGGGCAGGGGGAGGAGCCCAGCGAGAGCCUCGUCCUGCACAAAGCCACGCCAGGCUUCGCGCUGCUGCUGGCCCGGGACGCCCCCCACCCACCGCUUUUGGGGGGCCCCAGCCCCCCCACCGAGGACGAGGACCUCUGGGAUGGGGAGGGGGCUGCAGGGGGAGGGGGGACCCAUGGGGGGGGUGGGGGUCCCACAGGGAUGAGGAAGUCCCACUAG